AUGCCUUUUCAGUGUGGGAUCCAGCCAAGAAGGUUUCCAGUGGAAGGAGGAGAUUCUUCAAUUGGGCUGGAACCGGGGAUGAGCUCCAGUGCUGCCUGUAAUGGGAAGGAGAUGUCACCAACCAGGCAACUCCGGAGAUGCCCUGGAAGUCAUUGUCUGACAAUAACUGACGUUCCUGUCACUGUCCAUGCAACAGAGAAAGCCACCUGCACAAAGCAGCAAGGAAAUGCAUCCUAAAUAGCAUCAUUAAGUCUUUUGUCAAGGUCUGACUAGGU